AUGGUUGUCAAUGGCCUGGACCUGAAUUAUCUUGGUGUGAGCAAUGUAUGGAAUAACGACCUGGGUAUGUUUUGCUUUGCUGCAGAUUAUGAAGACAUUGAGCUGAUAACAACAGGUCGAGGCUUUGAGAAACGGCGCAUCAGCACCAAGGCCGACGAUCCGAAGAGUGUAACCGAGGCAGUAGUGUCACUGGUUGGACAGUUGAAUCUUUCCGAACAAAAGGGCUGCGAGACUGCAUACCCAGAACACCGUCGGCUCUGUCUCCGUCUGUGUGGCGCGACCCAGUCACACCGUGAACUGGAAGAACUGGUGAAGAACCUCUCUGCCGACAACCAGCAUACCAAAGCAGCGGCAUUGGCUGUCUUCCAGAACGAGCCCAAGCUCGCAUACCAAGGCCUUCGCAGCCACGAGCCCACCCAAGCUCAUAAGUUGCUCGCGAUGGCGAUCGCAGGUGCUGCGAAGGGAGAAAAUGAUACGGACUGGGAAGAAACCUGCGCGGAGAUUGCCAAGGAGCUCACAGAUCCGUAUUCAAGAGCGAUUCUGGCUCUGGUGAGCAAAGGCGACUGGAACGCAGUCAUCAAGGAGACCACACUGCCCCUGAAAUACCGCGUGGAAGUGGCACUCCGCUGGCUCCCUGAUGACGAGCUCACCACGUAUCUCAAAGACGCCACGACCGAAGCAAUCCGCCACGGCGACAUCGAGGGCACGGUGCUCACUGGCCUGGGCCAUCUCGCCAUGGGUUUGUUCCAGUCAUACAUCGAGAAAUUCAACGACGUCCAAACCCCCGUGCUAGCCAUGAGCCACACCGUGCCGCGACUAGUCAGCAACCGCGCCAGCAUCGCGCAAUUCGAAGCCUGGCGCGAGACAUACCGCCGACAGAUGAACUCCUGGAAACUACAGCUCGAGCGCGCCCGGUUCGACGUCGGCUCUCGCCACUUCGCCAUCACCGUCGACGGCCGCGAGCUGAUCUCAGCCCCGCCGCAGCAGGUCAGCCUCACCUGCAACUACUGCACGCGCCCGCUAGCCCAGCACGACGCCACUUCGGAGCUCUCUCCCUCCGCCGCCGCGGGCGAAAUCGUUCAUCAGACGGCGAGCAAUCCGCUCGGCGGGUCUUCGGCCAUGUCGGGCACGGUCUGUCCGCGCUGCGGGAGACAUAUGCCGCGGUGUGGCGUGUGCACACUUUGGCUGGGCGCACCAGACCCGAUGUCUCGCGCGGGUAUUGCGGCGGAUGCGGAGCCUAAGUCCCAUCACUCGCGCAAGCCCAGCGAGGCUGAGAUUAUGCGAAGGUUUGUGGUGUUUUGUAUCCAUUGCAACCAUGGGUUCCAUGCGCACCAUGCUCGCGACUGGUUUCUGCGGCAUAAGGUGUGUCCGGUGGCGGAGUGCAGCUGUAUUUGCGAUCGCUGA